AUGUUUGCUAAUUUGAUCACAUAUUCGAUCAUUACACAACAAAAAAACCUGAAGAAUGUUGCAUGUGCUGCUGCUAAUCGCGUCACGUCAUCUCCAUCGAGCACAUGUGGCGCCGGCGCCGGCGGCGGCGGCGGCGGUGGCAUGUCACGUACGGUAUUCAGUUCGGACUCGUGUUGUUCUCCGUCUGCAUCUUCGGCCGCAGCCAUCAAGAAGAGUGCACUGCCCGAAUUUCAAGCCAACGCCGAUAAGAGUUUCUGCCAAUCGUGUCAGCGUCACCACGACUAUUUGAUCAUCAGUAAUAGUUUCGAGCAAGCACGUUGUCAGGAAUGCUUCAUGAAGCUGAGAAGUCAGAGCGGUGCGCUGCCUUUGACUGUACGUUAG